AUGAGUCUCACUGCGGUCCAAACCCCAAACGACUACUCUCACCUCACCAAGACCGAGUUCCGUACGAAGCUCGAGACUAAACCAAAGUCUGCGGGUUUCCCUGACGGCAUAAAGACCACUGGCCAACAGCCUCCCCUAUAUGAAGAAAUUCGUCCCUUCUCGGAAUUUCCGAAGAACAUAACUGGUCCAACGGCAUGGACGAGUGAUGAAUACUCUGGAUCUCCUGAGAAAGAGGCUCUCUGGAAGCAUCCUUUCUCCGAGGAGGAGCUGGAGGAGCUGAGCACAGCAGCCGAGCAAUAUUUGGCCAGUGGUCGCCCACUUACUGAAAUGAGCAAGGAAUACUUUCCGCUGCCUAGAAUGGCCAAGUUUCUAGAACACGUUCGCGACGACCUAAUCAAUGCCAAGGGAUUCAUCCUGUUCCAGGGUCUUCCUGUCAGAGACUGGGGCUUACAAAAGUCUGCUACCGCAUACAUGGGCAUGGGUGCGCACUUUGGCCAUAUAACCAGCCAGAACGGCAGAGGUCAUGUCCUGGGGCACGUUAAAGACCUAGGUGAGAAUCCUGCCGAUUUCCACAAGGUUCGCCUGUAUAGAACCACUGCAAGACAGACUUUCCACGCCGAUCCUGCCGACAUUGUGGGACUCCUGUGUCUCAACACUGCCCUCAAAGGAGGUGAAAAUGAUGUUGUUUCGGGCCACCGCGUCUGGAACAUCAUGCAAGACAAGCGUCCAGAUAUCGCCGAGCUGCUCGCAAAACCGAUCUGGUAUUUUGAUCGGAAGGGCGAGGUUAGCGCGGGUCAAGAGGACUACAUCCGGUGUGCUAUCUACUAUAUUGAAAGAGACAACGGUCGAGUCUACUCCAAGUUCGACCCCAACUAUGUUCGGUCGUUGAGCCGAUUCUCGGAUAAGGGCAUCAUUCCCCCACUUUCUGCAGAGCAAGCUGAAGCGAUUGAAUACUUCGAUCAGCUUUGUCUGCAAGAAUCGAUCCGGAAUGUGCUCAAAGUUGGAGAUGUGCAUUUCAUGACGAAUAAUCAUCUCUUCCACUCUCGCACUGGGUAUGAAGAUCAUCCGGCGCCAGCACCGCGUCGGCAUUUGCUCCGGCUUUGGCUUUCCACCCCUGAGAGUGAAGGCGGUUGGAAGUUGCCUUAUCAUGAUAGCGACUGGAAGAGACGGGGUGGUGUUCAAGUUGAUGAUCAUCCACCGAAAGUUUUAUUCCAUGCUGACUAG